AAAAAUCAAUCUUUAUAACAUCAAAACAAAAUUACCAUUAUCUUCAAUAGAACAUAUUAUUACUCAACAAAAACAACCAAAACCAAUUUUACCAAUUACCAAUUGUCUAUCUCAACUUAUCACACCAUCUACCUCAAACAAACCCUUUUCUCUGUCUUCUGCCAAACACAAGCCAACCAAAAAAAAAACAUAAACUUUUGUUCUUCCAACAAUCAUCAAACCAAAACCUUACAUAGCUUCAACAAAAAAAACCAAACAUGGAAGAAGCUACUAGUUUUAGUGUAAAUCAAAAUUAUAGUGGAUCACCAAUAACCAACAUAGCUGAAGAUUAUCUUUUUACUAUUAUCCUUCUUCUCCCUAUAGAUGCAAUUCUCUCUUUAUCUAAAACUUGCAAGAGAUUCAAAGUUUUAACUUCAUCUAACACACUUUGGAAAUCCUUGUGCAAGAGAGACUUUGGUUCAACAUGUGUGGAUUCACUACUCAAGUCCAAUCACCAUAACCAACAACAUCAAUUUUCAUGGAUGAAACUAUACAAAAAAGUUUAUCAGAUGGACUCUCUUUGUUGUCAUAAAUUGUCAUACCCUCAUGGAGAUUUGGAUUUCCCCACAGCAAGAGCUUCUCACUCUCUCAACUUUGUUUCUGAUUGUCUUGUCUUGUUUGGUGGUGGAUGUGAUGGAGGACGACAUCUCGAUGACACGUGGGUGGCAUACAUUGGUAAUGAUUUCCAGAGAAUAUUGAAAUGGCAGACAGUCCAUUCAGGCAUACCAAGUGGAAGAUUUGGUCAUACAUGUGUAGAAAUGGGUGAUUUACUUGUUCUAUUUGGAGGCAUCAACGAUCACGGAAACCGUCAAAACGAUACAUGGGUUGGUAAAGUUACACACAAUGAAAACAAAGGCAUAACAUUUUCCUGGAAAAUGCUUGAUGUAGGAAAUGUUGCUCCACCACCUAGAGGAGCUCAUGCUGCUUGUUGCAUCGACGACAAGAGAAUGGUAAUCCACGGAGGAAUCGGACUUCACGGUCUCCGUUUAGGGGACACAUGGAUCUUAGAGUUAUCAGAUAGUCAUUGUUUUGGUACAUGGCACGAGAUUGUCAUCCAACAAUCGCCUCCGCCUCGUUCAGGACACACGUUAACUUGCAUUGCAAGAAACAGGACAAUACUAUUUGGAGGUAGAGGUUCAGGUUAUGAAGUGCUUCAUGAUGUUUGGUUAUUGGAUACUUGUCAAGGUUACAUGAGAUGGAUUCAAGUGCUUUAUGAUUUGCAAAACAUACCAGAUGGUGUUUCACUUCCUAGAGUUGGUCACACAGCUACAAUGGUUUUAGGAGGUAGGUUGUUAAUUUAUGGAGGUGAAGACUCAUCAAGACAUAGGAAAAAUGACUUUUGGAUAUUAGAUAUUAGUUCAAUCCCUUUCACUUUCCCUUCAACCACAGUGAAUUCCAAGAGAGUGUUGACAAGAAUGUGGAAACGCUGGAAAUCAAACGGAUACGAACCGGAGUCUAGAUCAUUUCAUCGUGCCUGUGUAGAUCCUUCGGGUCGUUAUUUGUAUGUUUUUGGGGGAAUGGUGGAUGAUUUACUACAGCUUGUUGAACCUUCUGGACUUAAGUUUGAUAAAAAGCUCUUUCUUGUGGAGCUUUUGCUUCAAAUUUAAAGGAAUAAAUAAUUAAGGAGGAAAUGAAUCUCAUGUAAUGUGUUCUUUUCUUUAAGACCAUUAUGUUAUGUGCAGUAUAAAUCACAUCAGUAGUAUUUUAAUCACAUAGCUAUUUCUAGUGUCAUUUGUUGUUGUUGUUGUUGUAGUAUUUUCUAUUUGUAAAUAUAGAAACUCUAUUGAUCUUACAAGGACAAUAUCUUCUUUUAACAGCAACUAGUUAUAAUUAAAAAGAUAUGAAGAUGCUAAAAACAUUUGGCUCUGUUCAUUAGCA